AUGUGUGCUUGCAGUUUUUAUUUAACGGCUGCGCUGGGUGGACAAUUGGGUUCAUUCAUCAUGCUCAUCAAGUUGAUUUGUGAUGACAGCUGCGGCUUUGUGAAGCGUCUGGGUGCAUCGGAAAGGUGUGUUGCUUGGAUCGUUGAGGAAGAUCUCCCACUUUCGGACGCCGCGCAGAUUUUCUCAUUGAACACGGCCAUUGCUGAGGGACAUCGUGACCCCGGUAACAACAACAACAACAACAACAACAACAACAACAACAACACAACAGUGGAGGUGGCGGACUUAAGUGAUUACGUCAUUUUUACACCGUCGUCCGGGGAGCCGAUUGAUGUACGCCGCACCCCCAAUGAGCUCGGCUUGAGGAAUGGCACAACUCUGCGACUUGCACGCGCUGCCGAACAGCCGCAAAGCCGGAUGAGAGCUCCAUCCGAUAUGAGUCGCUCGGGAACACAACAGCAACAACGAGGACGACUGACACCACCACCGCAAAGUAACACGGAGGAUGACACGGAUGAGGAGAACGAUGAGUUUUACGCGUCGCGUCAGAUUGGUUGGUUUCCGUUUUUGUUGCGUCCACGUGAGGGGGAACCGCUGGCGCUUAUUAGCGACCCACUUAGACCCGUACGGGAGACAGAUGCCGAGCCUAAUACGCGGCCGCUGUGCGAGACAUGCGGUGCUCUCAUAUCCCACGGCGAUGCCCUUCGUAUCGCUGUCGACAGGCACUACAAGCCCAUGCUGAUGCAUCAAGACCAUCUUGAAAUGUCCAUGGAGAAACUUGGAGGGGGCCAUUUGCGACGUUGGCAGUCCCGCUUUAUACAAAUGUCAGAGAAGUCCAUUGACUGGUUCGCUGAGAAGCCAAGGCCGGGCACCAAGAGCCGCAUUCACGGCCACCGCUAUCUUGUGCGCAACGGUCACUGCCAUGUGGAGGCGAUCAUUCACAACCCAGACCCGGAAACCUACACGUAUUGUAGAGACAAAAACUACUACCACUUUGCGGUGAUCUUUCGAGAGCCCCGAAAAAUGUACUUUUUUCGUGUGCCGUCAGAACAGCAGCGGGCGCAGGCAAUUGGAUUUCUUGAGACCUGCAUUAAACGUCUGCUGGACCGCGCUCCUGUUCGAAACCCUGUGACGUGGAAACAGCGAGUCGACCAGUUUCUUGCUAACGCGGCGCAGUUGGGCGAAUUGCCACACACAAAUCGCAUGGCUAUUGAGGCGCUGCAGAUGAAGACGCAGUCCCUGGAGGAUGAGCUGGCCGAAGCGUUGGAAGUGAAGCCAAAGUUGCUGGCCGCACUCAGCACGGAGACAAGUUAUGUGCAGACACUUCGUGAGGAGUUGGCGGGUUACGAGAACGAUGUGAAGCGUGCACAAGAAAGGGUGAAGGCGGAAGAGUCCCGUCUUGCGGAGGAGCAGCGGCUGUUGCAGGACCUGGAGGCGGAACUGGGGGAUGAGACAUAUAAGGUGACUGUUUUAAAGCAAUACGCUCUGCAGCAACGCGAAGAGGCUAAAAAACGCGUGGCAGAACUUCGUGAGCGGGCAGCGGCGCUCCAGGAGGAAGAACGUGCCGUAUUCUGCAGGUGGCGUCGAUUGGAGGAGCAGCAUCGAGCGCAGCAGGAGACGUCGCGGCAGAACGGCUUGUAUUCUUUCUCUGAAGACGGCGUUGGUAUUCCGUCCGGCUCCCCACGUCUCUCGAUGGAGCUUGCGGCGUCGGCAGCACGACUCACACUGAGCUCGGAAUCGGUCUGCAGCCUCUCCCCACCGCUGUGUUCGCCCCAACGUCCACUGAUGUUCUCCACAAGCCGUGAACGCGAGUCGUAA